CUGGAUUACGAAGAUCCAACACAGCGUAGAGGCUUUAAUAUCGCAGUCCGAGUGUAUGAUGGGCGACAUGAGGCGUCAACAAAAUUGCGAAUACAACUUGAAGACGUUAAUGAUAACCCUCCCGAGUGUUUCGGACCGAAAAGGAAAGAUGUAUCAGAGGGAGCGGACCGAGGUACACAAAUCGGGCAAAUCACAUGCAUUGAUCGGGAUGAAAAUGACAGGGCAACCUACCGCAUAAAUCGUAAAACUGAUCCAAAACGACAAUUUUCCGUUGACGAAUAUGGGAAUGUCAAGAUUGCACACACUUUGGAUCGUGAGGAGAUACCGGCUUAUAAUCUCCUUAUAGAGGCGUUCGACACAGGUAACGAUAGCUCGUCUGUAAUUUUUUUUGCACGUGGUAAUGUUGAUAGCAUGGGGGUGGAUGUCGUGGUCCCCUGCGUAUUUAUGGAACAUGUAGAUCCAACUCAGCAACAACCAUGUGAAAUUCGUGCUAUUGAUCGUGAUACAAUGGCAAACGGUCCUCCUUUCUAUAUGCGUCUUUCUUCUAACUUUAAGUAUGGAGAUUACCUUGAUGUGGUUUUCGAUAAAAAUGGUGAUUAUGGAAAUGGCUCGAUGACUAUCAGACCUAAGGUUGUGUUUGAUCGAGAACAGCCGCCAGGGAAAUUUUUGGAAAUUCCUAUAUACCUAGAAGACAAAUUUCAUUUGGGAAAUGAGCGUUCAGUUUUUGUCGUAAUUGGAGAUAUUAAUGAUAGUGAAAUGCAUGAUGGCACCACCAAUAUUUAUGUGUACAGCUAUUUGGGGAGAUUGGGAAGAACUGUAAUAGGGCGAGUUUACGUUGAUGAUUUGGACGACUGGGACUUGAAUGACAAGCAGUUCGAAUGGGGAAGUGGUGGUCAAAUAACCAUGGAUGGCGACAUGCCUGCAGGUCAGUAUGUCCUCACUUCAUCGGUAUCUGACACAGCUCGAGGUGAACACGCUAUUGGCACUGUAUAUGUGGAUGUAAUAAUCGUCCCGCAACUUGCGUUUGAAAAUCAAGGUGUGCUGCGGAUGUUGUAUGGUUUACCUGGUGGUUAUUUGAGUCCAGACGUUUUUCUCAGGCCCGAUAGUGCUGGUUCGAGUCCUAUGAUGCGUUUUAAAGAGAAGAUGGAAGGAUAUCUUGGGCCAGGAGUAAACAUUCAAAUAUUUUCAAUUCAACCAGGAGAGGCAAACUUACAAACUUCUGCUUUGAAAGUCAUUGACGUACGAUUCUCAGCUUUUGAUGGGAGCACUUAUCGAAGUCCUGUGGUUCUAAAUGGACUGAUUACACAACACCGAAGUGAACUUGAGAGCGUCAUUGGUGCAACAAUUGUGUCUGGUGGCAUUGAUAUGUGUAAGUAUACGAUGUGCGACCAGGGAUGUCAGACAAUUCACUUGGCUAAUGAGGUAAAUUUUGCGUGUUUUGUUAAGUCGACAAUCUUAAACAAAGUUCUGGUUUUGGUUUUGUUUAGGUCUAAAAUGAUUUUGUUCGGAGUAGUUUACUCUCCUAAUUCUUGUAAGGCUGGACUCUGUAGAAAUGGCGGUGUUUGCCACAAUACCCCACCCAACGGAUUCUUCUGUGAGUGUCGCACCAACGAUCUGAAAGGGUUCAGGUGUCAGGGAACAACACGGUCUUUUAACGGAAAUGGAUACGCGUGGUUCAAGCCCAUGCCGGCUUGUACAUCACUAAAUAUAUCCUUUCAGUUUAUGACGUCGCAACCUAAUGGACUUCUAUUGUACAAUGGACCAAUGGGAAGCAAUGUGACUGCUGGACAUCUUGACUACAAGGAUUAUUUAGUUCUUCGUCUUUCUGGUGGACGGUUGGAAGCGGAGUUAAUGCUUGAUGGAAAUGCUACAAAUGUUGCCCACUUAGAUAGUACAGCCGAGUUGAACGACAACAAGUGGCACACUGUAGCUUUAACGCAGAUCGGGAAGACUGUUGAAUUAGUUCUCGAUAAUUGCGCUCCUAUUGGGUCUUCUAUUGGCACUGAUUCGUCGUGCAGACGUGUUGUCGUCACUUUAGACGAUGAUGAACGACUGAACGUAAUCACACCGUUACAGGUUGGAGGACUCGCCCCACUUGAUGGUGCAGACAGGUAUCCUACCGCAAUUAUGUCCAAACCCUAUACUUACUCUGGCUGCAUCCGUGAUCUGAUGGUGAAUGGCGAGAAGUACGACUUGGGAGUUCCCGAUUUGGCAGAUGAGCAGAAUUCGCAGAGAGGGUGUAGCUUGAAUACGGCGGCGUGCAUUUCCGGUGAUGGGGAUUACUGUGUGCAUGGCGAGUGUAUCGCUGAUGCCUCGAUUCCGAAAUGUACCUGUGAUCCUGGAUACAGUGGCGAUCGUUGUGAACAGGAGAUAGAAUGGGUUGAGUUUAGUGGGAAUUCGUUGAUUGCAUACACCGCUGCCGUACAAUUAGAAAAGAAGAAAUCAGAAAUUGAAGUCUUAGUAUACCCUGCAAGAAAUACAGGAAAUGCGACUCUGGGAUAUGCCUCGGGUAGUAGUUCUUCAGAGUAUGUGGGCACUUAUCUUAACAGUAUGGUCCCAGAAGGUCGUUUUGACUGUGGUAAUACUACUACCAAUUCAUCGGUCGUAGUAAGCAUGGAAAACCUGCAACUGUCUAACAAUUAUUCUUACUGGGUGCAAUUUUCUAGAAGUCCUGUCAAGGCUUCUUUAACAGUUGACGGGACAUAUUAUACCGGUAAACAGUUGGAUCCUCUUAAAAAACCAUAUGAACUUCAGGUUUCAGAGAUUUUGUUAGGGGCAUCGUCGUCAUUAGGUGGAAAUUGGUUCCAGGGAUGUAUUGGAACUUUUCGUUGGGAGCAUCAGAACCUGCCGCUCCAGCAGGGUAAUGGUGCUGCUGGUAGCGAGGAGAUGAUUUCAAUAAGACAGUCAAUAGGUGUGACAAGAGGUUGUAGUUCGAGGCAGACGUGUGCUUUGCUUGGUGCUUCGUAUUGUUCACCGCCAUUUAUAUGUCUUGAUUUUUGGAAAGGUGCAUUUUGUACCUGUCCCAAAAACUUGGUACCAGUUCUUGGGCCUGAUGGCACUCUUAUUAGAUGUGGAGAAGCGUUAGCGCUUAGUAAACUGGGGAUAACGAAUAAUGCCAUAAUCAUCAUCAUGGUUUUUCUUGGUUUAUUAUUACUGAUGGUUCUGCUUAUGAUUGUUUAUUCUCGUCGGCAAGCUCCUCCUUUCGCCCCUGUUCGACCGGUUGAGCUCAAUCGGGACAACAUAAGGCCGUACGAUAUUGAAGGAGGCGGUGAAGCAGAUAAUGACCAGUACGAUAUCAAUGGCCUCAGAAAACCUGUGAUGCCUCUUGAAGGAAAUGGGCUGGGAGGUUUUGCUCAAUCUGUAUAUCCACCGCAGCGGACUGCGCCAGAUGACAAGAUCAACACCCAGAUCAAAAGACUUGAAGCCGAUCCUGAUGCUACUGCUCCAUAUGAUGAGUUGCGUAUUUUUGAGGAUGAAGGAGAUGAUGUCUCUAGGUGA